UGCAGAAAGAGCACCCUACACACACGUCUCAAAGGCUCUGGUGUUGAUGAGAAACUUUUUGGCAUACAUUUUUUCAUUGUGAAAUGGAUUUUCCAGGCAAUCCACACUGCCUAUUGUUCCCGAGUGUAUGAACCAGUCCUUUUCAAGAUGUAUGGAAUGUCACAUGUUACAGCAACACCACGAGGAAGUUCAACAGUGCUUGAUGGAGAACACAAGCACAGCCUCUCAGAACAUAUUUAUCAGAGUUAUGCUUGCACGUUUCUCGAUGACGGCACGGCCCACAGGUGCUGCUCCACAAGCCCUUCGAGAGGCUCCCUCUUCACAUGUCGCCGCAGCCCUCGGCUGCUUUCCAAUGGUUAUUACAUUUUGACAGAAGACAGCUUUCUGUCUGAUGAAGAUGGCAACAUAACACUGUCACCAUCCCAGACAAGCGUUACCUAUAAAGAGAACUCAGUUCGGAUAUUCCGUCGCAGGAAGAAAAUGCGAGGCUCUCUUGCCAGCUUGUUCAGUUUCAGUGCCUCCAGCCAGUGGCUCAGCAGCACCAUUCUCAACACUAUGGAUUCCUCCCAUGUAGACGAUCCUUGGCUUGACAAAUGCAGUGAACUACAGCCCAGUCAGACUGAUACUGACAACUCAGACCUUUCUUGUGAAUAUAACAUCUUAGUGCCACAAGGGCAAAUUCCAGCAUCUAUUGGAGCCUCUCUUACCAAAGAUGAGGAGUUUAUUGAGCCUGGGAAAUCACUGUGUGCCUCACCAUCCUGCUCUCCAUUUAUAAUAAAUGGAAAUAAAGAUACACUGAACAAAGCAGAAUCCAAUUCAGUGCCAAAUUUUCUGGCUCAGAUUGCUGCACUGAUGGUGUGUUUAAUCAUUUCAGUAUGUACAAGGUAUUUUCUGGGAGGAUUUUCUGCCAUUUUGUUGUUGAUAAUUUUAGCCUUUCUUGUGUCCCAAGAUGCUGCUCUGUCAUCUUUCUUCAGUCUUGUUACAUCUUUCAAAACAACUAACUUUGGUAAGUAGCACUAAUGUGAUGAAUAAUGUAAUUUAGAAAUUUUAUACUGAGAGAAAGGAGAGCCUCCUUCUGUUGUUUUCAUGGCAAAAGAUAGAAGGCAUAA